GAUGUCGACAGCAAAAUCAAACGGCUCCAAAUCCAGCACCCGUGACGAGGACCUCUCGUCGGAGUCGGUGGAGGUGCUACGUGAACGGCUGAAUACAAUGAAACGGCUCAUUGCCGAACGGCAGAACAGUACCAGCAGCGGUUCAGAGCUGUGGAAUCCACAUACCCGGGCAUCUAGUUGCAGUGGCAUUAUUGAUGGAAAUUUUUUGAGUGUAGCCUUUGGUGGAGCCCUAAUUGUGAUACUGUCCGUAUCCGUUUAUGCAUUUUACAACCUCUAUCACGCGGUGCUGAAAAAAUUUCCCUCACAGCAUACCGAACUGUAAAAAGCAGCAUUUUUACCGCAAUGUUUAAAAUCCUGCAUUAUAAUAGAUGUUUUAAAUAAAAUAG